UUCAUAGACAUUGCAUUAAUACGCACCAAUAUUUUUGUUACAGAUCGUGUGAACGGCCGCAAGCUGGCACGUUUGCGGUGGCGAGUAAACCGAGACACCGAAAGUAUCACAAUACUGCGACCACGUUACUAAAUAUGACUGCAUUCACAUGUCACAACCGAAAUCGAAAGCGCACAAGAGAUUGCAGUUAAUUUGAUCAGGCCCCACGUUGGGCGCCCGAAAAAACCCUACAAAAGGGAUUGUAUUGGAACUGCGUGCGGGUUAUGAGUAGUCGUGAGCAGUGACGGCGCCCGGGCGGCGGCCAUGGGCGCGGCGCGCGAUGCGCCCGCGCACGCUGCGGCUGCUCCUGGCGGCGCUGGCGCUGGCCACGUGCGCCGCGGCCCCCGCGCCGGAGCGCGCGCAGCGCUCGGCGAAUCUCAGCCACAUCACCGGGACCUCGAGGAACAUACAGAUGUUCCUGAAGAAUCGAUACCUGCAGCUGCUGCCGGAUGGCACCGUCAACGGCACCACAGACGUCAACAGCGUUCACACAAUACUACAACGCGCCACCUACAAGGUUGGCCUCCUGACGAUCCAGGGGGUCGCCACCUGCCUCUACCUCUGCAUGGAUGCCUGCGGGUACCAUUACGCACAUAAGGAUCUCUCGGACGACUGCAUGUUCGAGGAAAACAUAGAGGAGAACAACUACAACACGUACUCGAGGGUACGGGGCGGCAAGAAGACCUACCUAGCGUUGGGGAACAACGGCAAGUCGAGGCGGACGCAGAUCGCGCUCAACCGGCCGCUCGGCAACCUCUCGGUGUACGCGCUCACGCUCACCAGGCGGUGGGAGGGCCCCAAGCAGACCCAGUGCCCCGUCCGGCGACACCGCGGCAAGCUCAAAAGACCCCCACCCUUCCGCACCGAGCAGCGAUGUCAAAUCAGAGUCCAAAAACAGUUGCAAAGACAAAAGCGGAAGCACAAAAAAGUGGUCCACCCCAAAAAGAAACACCGACAUCCGAAGACGCGGAGAAAAUACGACGGCACGACGUCGACGACGACGGAGAGCUACGACGAGUCGACGAUGUCUACGAUGUCCACGACGACCGAUAUGGAGUUUUUUCGGUCACAGACCGCGCAGUAGGCGGUCGUCCGAGCGUGAGCUCGCUCCUCGCGGUGGGGGCAGCCGUCGCGAUUGCACGCUAGCACGGUUCCACGCCCGCCUGGGGGUAACGCCAACGAUGAUGCAAUACCAAAACCAAUGCGUCCCAUCCAACAUCACAUAUUCUCAGGCAGAUAUCUGCUUCAGAUGCCACCCAAAUUUCAUUAUAGUUAGUCU